AAAUGGAAGUAAGUGACACUACGGAAAAUAUAAAAAUGGAUAUUGAUUCUAAAAAGAGAAAAAUGGAUACAGAUACUGAAAAAAUUGGAAUGGAUAUUGAUUCUAUUGAUAGCGAUGAUAUAAAAGGUUUUGAAUAA